AUGUCUUCUGGUUCACUCAAGGACCUUACGAAGGCGAUCAAAACAUCAGUGACAACUUCUACCCGUCUACCACUUCCCGAUGAUCUUGUGCGAGUUAUUCACUCUUACCCUGAAAAGAAUCCUACCCACGAUGAAGCCGAUUCCAGCAAACUACAGGAAGACCUGCUCUCCAUCUAUGAAAAAGACAUCGCCGACCACCCUACCCGCUAUGCCUUCUUCCUGUCCAUAUUGCGAAAACUCAGAACUUCAAUCAAAGGGGGUGGCAGAAUGUUACAAUGGUGGGAUAAACUAUGUAUACCAGUAUUGAGUCAUCUUGGAGAAGAGAAGGGAUUGGCUUUGGAAGCUAGGAAUACUCUGCUGGAUAUUCUCAUUUAUGAUGAAGACGAAGGACAUAUCGAGGAUGCGAUUACUACUUCGGACACGGUGGCAGAGAACCUAGUCGCAAUUUGGUUGGCAAAGAGUAACAGUGGCGUCAUACUUGAUGAGAGUGCGAGAUUUAUUGAGAGUCAAUUAAGGGGUAUACUAAUAUCAUUCGGGAGGAAGAGACCAAAGAACUUCUUGACUGUCAUCAACCGAUACUUCGUGAAGAAAGACAGCCGAAUCCUCACCCUUUCGUUGCUUUGCGAGUUUAUCCGACAUCAACCCCCUCAUUUACAUCAAUUGCUUCAGACUCCUCUCUUCGAAAACCUUCUGCGAUGUUUACAAAUAGAUACUUCGACUCGAGUGGUGUCAUUGGCUAUGACAGCUUUGAUUAUGUUCUUGCCACAUGUUCCAAGCUCCCUUCCAAAACAUCUCCCUGCUCUUUUCAAUAUUUAUAGUAGGAUGCUCUUCUGGGAUAGGGAACGAAAGUACGAAGAUCAUCUGCCGUCUGAUGACCGAGAUGAUAAAAGCACUCACAGUACAAGCUCUUGGACCAAAUUAUCUUACUUACUGGAAUCAGAAGAUGUAUCAGUUCCUGAAUUGUUACAUUAUUACACAUUUCUUUACGGUCUUUAUCCGAUGAAUUUCAUGAGUUAUAUCCGAAAGCCUCAAAAGUUUUUGAGACAUCAGGGAUUUCCGGGAGCUAAUGAACUUGCGGUUGAACCUAUGGAAAUCAGACAAAGAUCUGAACCUUUCAGACAAGUCCAUCUCUUACAUCCGAAUUUCUUCACAAUGACUAUUGAUCAAGAAUUAUCGGAUACUAACCGAUGGAUGAAAAGUGAAGCAUCAGAUGUUGUGACUGAAUGCAUGGCACUAUACAUUCCAGGAUAUGCUCAACAAGCUCCAUUGUCAAGGUCACAACUACCAAAUUUACAUGUUGACACUAAUCCCGACGUUCCAGAUCAACCACUCACUGAAAACAACGCGACUACACCCGCUCAAUCUCGACAUACGAGUUGGAGAUAUGCUGCACCGGCUAGCAUGGCAUCACCAGAAGGACUUAGAAAUUCGUUACUCAGAAGAGCUUCAUUCACAAGUCAAUCAAUGCCUUCAAUUGCGGAUUCCCCUGUCUUAAGAGCCGAAAAACGAUUUGAAAGUCCUACAUUCCCUCCAUUCAUGGCUACAUCACCUUCACAUACUCAAUUACAAGAUUUGUUGGAUUCUCAACGAGCUGGAUCGAUCCGGAGUGGUAUUUAUCAGACGUUAACCAAUGAAAGCGUACAGUCUCUCGCACUGAGUCAUCAUGCCCAGGAUAACAAUUCUCAUGUUGAUUCAUAUCUGCAAACACUUGCCCGAGCACAUGCUUCCCCUCGUUCGCCGUCUUUGAGACCUGGGACAAAUGAUUCGACCAAAAUUGCAUACUUACAACGCGAUAUUAUGUUAUUGAGGAACGAUUUGAAUUUUGAGCGUUAUCUCAAACAGCAACAUCUAACCCAUAUUGGUCAACUCCGCCGAAAAGCCAUCCGUGAAGCCAGGGUCGAAGCCGAGACUCAGAACCUAAUCAACUCGAAUAAAAUUUUAAAAGCAAAAUUGGAAGAUGCCAAGAAAACCAUUGUACAAAUGAAAACGGAAUCCGAUAAAAGUCGUAAUCACUCCAGGAAAUGGGAAUCAGAUUUGACGGCCAAGUUGAGACUGUUGAAAGAAGAACAAAAGAAGUGGACCCUUGAAGGUGAUCAAUUGAAGCGUGAUUUGGCGGCCUCAAAAAUUGACAUGCACAAUUUAAGACAGUUGGUCGUUCAGGCCGAAUACAAGGUUGUCCAUUCUACACAAGAGAUACAAGUGGUGGAGUCAAAUAAAGAAGAACUGGGAAGGUUACGCAUCGAGGUCGAAAAGCUUACGACUAAAUUACGAAAUUAUGAAGCUCGAGAGGUUGAAAUGGACAAGGCGAAACAGGACGAAGAGCAAGCUCACAAUACGAUUGAAAUUCUCAAUACGAAAUUGAAGGCUAAAGAUGCGGAAAUCCAACAAUUGAUUGUUCAAUUCCAACGUGAAAUUGAAGAAGCACAAAACGCCAAACAACUUAGCUCUACGCAGUUGGAUCCUGCAAAGCAAAAGGCCAUUGAUGAGGCUUUGGCUGGAUCACGAAGGCGUAUGGAGGAUAUGAAUAAAGCUCAUUCUAAUCUUUUAAAACGAUAUACUACUCUACAACAAGAACACCUCGAAUUAGUCACAGCACGAGACAAAGUGUCUGAUUUACCCAUGAGUAUUGAUGGAUCAUCUGGAGCACAGGUUCCUCAAAAAGAUCAUCUUCGCUUAGCUCAUAGUUAUUCUGAUUCGGGCAGACCAGGAAGUCUCAUACCUAGUGCGGCAUUUCCACUUACGGGUACAUCAAGUUUUAUUGCUCGCCCUAGGAUAGAUACCCAUAGUCCAACAUUAGGCCAUGCAUUCAGACCAUCACCCACGAGCACUCCUGCAAGUCCUGAUCUCUAUGGGGGUAGAUUUUCCCAUUCCAAUACCUUUGGUCCAGCACCUGGUUCUUCACAUUCCGAUGGAACAAUGAGUAGAGAUGGCAAUAUUAGUGAUAGGGAUUCUUUGGAAGCGAUAGGGAAGCCCAAAGUCAAGCCACAAAGUGAAAUGAGGGUUUAUGGCCGUGGAGGGGUCCAAAAUAUUGGGAAGUCGAAGAAGGAUAAGGAUAAGGAUAAUGGUAGGAAGGAGGGCAGCGGGAGUGGUGCAGAAGACAGUCCGAAGAAUAGUCCGAAGGAAAAGAAAAAAGGCAAGGCGUUUGGCUUGGGCAUGGGAAUGGAAAUGGACAUGGAAUGGGUGGUUUGCAUUGAUGAAAAAGUUUGUAGAUUCAAUGCAGCUGACAUUGUUAAGCCGAUGGAUACCGGUUUCCGAGGUUUGUUUUUUAUGUUGGGCUUCGAUUCCGUUCCACCAGUCCCAAACGAGCAAAACGAGAACGGAUCACGAGAGACACAUCAGCGCAACGGACGCAACAGAGCCAUGGCAAGCGCAGUCGUUGAGGCAAGGAGGAAGCCCGCGCCAACUAUCUCUCCUACCGAUGAUGAUACGGUAGUACUGGGGGAGAAGGGGGUAGCUAUAAGAGAAGGGGAGAGGCUAAAGGCGACGGGCAAGGAGAUUAGGAAUAAACAGAGUUGGGACUAUAUAUGGAGGACUGGAUUAGCGGGUGGCUUGGCUGGUAGUGCGGCAAAAACUGUGGUCGCGCCUCUCGAUCGAGUAAAAAUCCUCUUUCAAGCCAGCAACCCUCAAUUCGCCAAGUAUACCGGCAGCUGGUUUGGCUACAUAACCGCCAUGCGCGACAUCCACACGGACGAAGGACUUCGCGGUCUCUUUCGUGGUCACUCUGCAACAAUUCUCCGUAUAUUCCCAUAUGCGGCUAUCAAAUUUCUAGCCUAUGAACAAAUCCGCGCAGUGAUAAUACCGAAACACGAAUAUGAAACUCCGUUUCGAAGACUUAUAAGCGGCAGCUUGGCGGGCGUAACUAGUGUGUUUUUUACGUAUCCGCUCGAGGUAAUGAGGGUACGAUUGGCAUUUGAGACGAAGAAAAGAGGGGUGGGCUUGGGUGAGAUUUGUAGGAAGAUUUAUCAUGAGGUUCCUCCUGCGCCGAGGACAUCUACAGCAGGAUUGGUUGUCGGUGCAGAAAAUGCAGUUCAGGCUAUGGUACCGAGAAGUGGGCUCGCCAAUUUCUAUAGAGGGUUUUCGGCUACGAUUUUGGGAAUGUUGCCAUAUGCUGGAAUGUCGUUUUUAACACAUGAUACCGCGGGUGAUUUAUUAAGACAUAAAGCUGUGAGGAAAUAUACAACACUUCCUAAACCGGAUCAUUAUGCGGAGAAUAAAGCAGCGCCUCUUAGAUCGUGGGCGGAAUUAUUCGCUGGUGGUAUUGCUGGGUUGGUCAGUCAAACGAGUGCUUAUCCGUUAGAGGUUAUUAGGAGGAGAAUGCAAGUUGGAGGGACCGUUGGAGACAGGAGGAGGUUACACAUUGCGGAGACGGCGAGAAUGAUUAUUCGGGAAAGAGGGUGGAGGGGAUUCUUUGUAGGACUCACUAUCGGGUAUGUGAAGGUUGUGCCAAUGGUGGCGGUUAGCUUUUAUGUUUACGAAAGAGGGAAGGGGUGGUUGGGUAUUUAG